AUGGUCUCCAAACUGACCCAUCUUCAGGUGGAGCUGCUGGGGGCCUUGCUGGAAUCGGGGCUAAGCAAGGAGACCCUGAUCAAGGCUCUGGCAGAGUCCGAUCUGCACUGCAGUGAGAGCCAUCAGCCUGGCAGAGCCCUCCAAAUGGAGAAGGGGGAGCCUUGCGGUGAGAUCCCGCAUCUCCCCAAUGGGAUGGGGGAGUCCAGGAUGUCAGAGGAGGAGAUUUCGGACGAUGGGGAAGACUUCACUCCUCCAAUCAUGAAGGAAUUGGAAAACCUGAGUCCUGAAGAAGCCGCUCACCAGAAAGCCGUGGUGGAGAGAUUAUUACAGGAGGAUCCCUGGAGGGUGGCAAAGAUGGUGAAGUCCUACCUCCAGCAGCACAACAUCCCUCAACGGGAGGUGGUGGACACCACGGGCUUGAACCAGUCCCACCUCUCCCAGCACCUCAACAAGGGCACCCCCAUGAAGACCCAGAAGAGAGCCGCCCUGUACACCUGGUACGUUCGCAAGCAGCGAGAGGUGGCCCAGCAAUUCACCCACGCUGGGCAGAGUCUCAUGGGGGAGGACCCGAUGGGAGAGGAGCUCCCGGCCAAGAAGGGCAGGAGGAACCGCUUCAAGUGGGGCCCGGCGUCACAGCAGAUCCUCUUCCAAGCCUACGAGAGGCAGAAGAAUCCGAGCAAGGAGGAGAGGGAGGCGCUGGUGGAGGAAUGCAACAGGGCAGAGUGCCUUCAGCGCGGCGUCUCUCCGUCCCAGGCCCAGGGGCUGGGCUCCAACCUGGUGACUGAGGUGAGGGUUUACAACUGGUUCGCCAACCGCCGUAAAGAGGAAGCCUUCAGGCACAAGCUUGCCAUGGACAGCUACAAUGGCUCCCAGCCCAGCUCCGUGCCCACCUUGGGCUCUCAUGGCUCCUCCUCUCUCCAGCCAGCAACUCCUCUGUCCCCAGGCAAAGUCCACGAACCUUCUCCUCUCCAGCAGCAGCAGCAGCAGCAACAAGGUCUCUCCUUCUCGGACGCGGGCAUGAGGUACGGCCAGCAGCCAGUCAGCGAGGCCAGUUCCUCCAACAACAGCCAGCACAAUUCCAUCGCCACCACCCAGGCCAUCCUGCACCAAGCCAGCUCCCCCAGCCUCUGCUCCAGCUCAGGACCAGACACCAAGCUGAUCUCUGUUUCAGGGGGCUCGCUCCCCCCCGUCAGUACCCUAACAGCGCUGCACAGCCUGGACCCCAACCCACACGCUCUGAGCCAUCAAACGCAGAACCUCAUCAUGACCUCCCUCCCGGGGGUCAUGGCCAUUGGCCCUGGAGACACAUCUUCGCUUGCACCGACGUUCACCAACACGGGGGCCUCCACCUUAGUCAUUGGUAAGUGAGGAGGUGUUGGCUGUGGAGAGGGGGCUCAGU